GCCUGUAUACACACCGGACCGAUCAUUUACCUGGUAGAAAAUGGUUUUUCUGAUUCUGAUUAAUCUUCUCAUGUUUUAGGUUCAGGGUUCAGAGAGAGUAACCAUGUGGAGAAGGAAUUCCCUAUCAUCAAAACUUCUCUAUCUAUCAAACCGUAAUCAUAAUCAUAAUUUUCAAUACCCAGAUUCUCUUCUUCGUUCUGCAGUGAUUUUCAACGGUUACGGAGUUCGAGCAGGGGUUUCGCAGACUCAACUUCACUCAUCUAGUGGAGAAUUUCCGGUCUAUUCUUCUAAUUCAUUGAAAUCAGGGCUCCAUAAAUCUGAUGCAACUAGAGCUUUAAGGCUUUUAUCUUCGUCAUCAGCAACAGCAGCAGAUGUUGUUGGACCUUCUGUAGCUGCUACAGCUACUACUGCAACCUUGAUAAAAGCUGGAGAUGUUGCUGAGGUGGUUAGACAUUAUGGGCGUUGCUAUUGGGAAUUAUCUAAAGCUCGGCUCAGCAUGCUGGUUGUGGCAACUUCUGGGGCAGGGUUUGUUCUGGGAAGUGGUGGUGCAAUUGAUAUAGCUGGACUUUGCUUGACCUGUACCGCUACCAUGAUGGUUGCAGCAUCUGCAAACUCCUUGAAUCAGGUAUUUGAAAUAAAAAAUGAUGCCAAAAUGAAGAGAACGGCAAGAAGGCCGCUACCUUCUGGGCGAAUUAGCCUGCCUCAUGCCACCAUGUGGGCAACUACUAUCGGGGUAACAGGCACAGCUUUAUUGGCAUGCAAGGCAAAUAUGCUGACAGCAGGGCUCGCAGCCUCGACUCUUGGUCUUUAUGCAUUUGUAUAUACUCCCCUAAAGCAAAUACAUCCAGUGAAUACAUGGGUUGGAGCUGUUGUUGGUGCUAUUCCUCCACUCCUUGGGUGGACAGCAGCUGCAGGUCACGUCUCACUUGACGCGAUGAUUCUUCCAGCUGCCUUAUACUUUUGGCAGUUACCCCAUUUUAUGGCUCUCGCAUACUUGUGCCGCAAUGAUUACGCCACUGGGGGGUUUAAGAUGAUAUCUCUUGCCGAUCCUUCUGGAUGGAAAACUUCUUGGGUAUCUUUAAGGAAUUGCCUGUAUCUUCUUCCAUUGGGGUACUUAGCCUAUGAUUCGGGAGUUACUAGUGGCUGGUUUUGUCUUGAAUCGACUCUGCUUACUCUGUUUAUGACUGCUGGUGCCGUUAUGUUUGUUCGAGACCGCACUGCAAAAAAUGCAAGGAGGAUGUUUCAUGGGAGCCUUUUGUAUCUUCCCAUUUUUAUGUCUGGAAUGCUGUUCCACCGUGUCACUGAAAAUCAGCAAACGCUUACGGCAACCACACCAGGUUUAUUUACCAGUGAAACCCAAGCGCAACAUGGUGAAGAUGAUCAACACAUUGUAAUGCAACGGAAGGGUUCAUCUAUUGGCAUCCAGUCACGUGCACCGGUCGCAUAUGCUUCUAUUGCUCCAUUCCCUUUCUUGCCUGUUCCUAUUUAUGCUGAUUCUGAAUUAUGAGUCAAUUUUAAAGCAUAUUCUGCUUGAUGCAGGAAAAAACAACCAAUUUUUUUUUCUUUCUGUAGUCAGAGCCCAGUAUGGAAGUUUUCUUUAAUUUAUACACAGACUAGAGUCCUUUCUUACUAAGAAGGGUACCUGUAAAAUAAAUUCAAAUUUUUGUUUUCUUUUUUGAUCAUUUUGUUGUAAUAUCUAAUAAGCACAAAUCAGAAUUCUCAAGUUUCAACUUAUAUUUUGAGUUGAUUAAAGCAUAAAAACUAAAGAAUUUUCAUGAUUUGUGUUGUAAA